CACGAAGCCUGAGAGCUGUGCCUGUCCCCUUCAAAAACCCUAUCAGUACUCACUACUGGGUAGCUUCUCCAUCCUCCAUCCUCCAUUACUGCGAAGCUCAAGGUGGAAAAUUUUCAGAGUGAAGGAUUCGAAAUACCACAGGUGGAAGACCAUAAACCGAAGGAAUGUUAAACCUCUCUUUAUCUCCAUCCCCAGCUAGGGUGAGUUUCAACAUUCAAAGCCCUAAGCUCUUUUCGCAGCAAUACCACUCUCUCUCUUCUCGAAAUUGCUUCACACCCACCAUUUAUUUCCACCCCAACACCUCUUUUUCUGUCUUUACCUCCGAAGUCCCUAGCGGAAAGAACCUCUCUUUAGAAUGCCGCCACUCUGAUUACUACGAAACUCAACAGCAGAGGUUGUCCUCCAACGACUCUACUUUCGUUCCUCAACCAGAUGGGGUUUUGCCGCCCAAGGUUUUUGUGGGACACUCAAUAUACAAAGGGAAAGCUGCUCUUACCGUGGAGCCUCGGUCUCCUGAGUUCUCGCCUUUAAAUUCCGGAGCGUUCAAGCUGUCAAAGGAAGGCUUUGUGUUGCUUCAGUUUGCUCCUGCGGCUGCUAUGCGGCAGUAUGAUUGGAGCAGAAAACAGGUAUUUUCUUUGUCAGUGACAGAAAUGGGGACUCUGAUUAGCCUUGGUGCAAGGGAUUCAUGCGAAUUUUUUCAUGACCCUUUUAAAGGGAGAAGUGAUGAAGGCAAAGUAAGGAAGGUGUUGAAGGUAGAGCCCCUUCCGGAUGGCUCUGGUCACUUCUUUAAUCUCAGUGUUCAAAACAAGCUCAUUAAUGUGGAUGAGAGCAUUUAUAUCCCUAUUACCAAAGCCGAGUACACAGUUCUCAUGUCUGCAUUUAAUUUUAUUGUGCCUUACCUUUUAGGUUGGAAUACCUUCGCAAACUCCAUAAAGCCUGAAGAUACAAGCCGUAUGACAAAUGCUAAUCAUAGAUCUGGUGCUGACUUUGAAUGGAGCAGAUAAAAGCAGAUGGUUUUCACUGUAAGGUUUUCUCAAACAUGGAGCAAAGGACCAUAUAUAAAUUUCAUUACCUUUUUUUUUUUGUUGUAUCAUAUAGGCUUUCGUUUUUUAUUCCUGCUGAUUUGUUGUGCUAUAUUGACGUGAUAUGAGGGAAUAUCCUCCCAAAAAAUUUGGCAAUUUGCUGUGUCCAUUGGAACUCAUCCAAAAGGGCUAGCCAAAGAGUUGUCAUUGUUCUUAUAUAUAUGUCUAGGAUCCUUGUGCAAACUUCCGAUGUGCGGGGGCGUAACAGUUAUGGUUUUGACAACUAGAAGCAUGCAUGGUUGAGUAAAGGAUAUAAAUAUGUUAGCCAGAUUAGUGAUAGGUUUUGUCAAUGGUAUUAUUUUUGGCUUGG